UAAUGGCAUCAGGAUUAAUGCGUCAAUCUCUUUUACGUGUAUUUUAUUUACUAACAUUUAGCAUACUUUAUCCUAAAAACCACAUUACCUUGGCCUUCCGUACGAGGUCCAUCCAUCAGACGGUGCUAUAUCUACAGACUUCUCUCUCUGACUCUGUAUCGUUUCGUACGACUUAAGGAUGACGACGUUCUUUCUUUGGUUUGUCGUCGUUUCCCACGUGGUGGCGCUUUCGCAAGACCAAUGUGUAUACAAGGGACAAGGAUACCAACAGGAUCAGAAAUGGCAGGAUGGUUGUGAUUAUGAAUGUGAGUGCUUGAACUCUACCACUGGACAGUACCGGUGCAAAGAGAGAUCUCGCACACCUCUGCUACAGAUUUGUGGAUCGGCCUUAGUGAGGUGGACUUUGAUAGUACAUACAAGUGGUCUGAUGGCCUCUCUGUAUCGUACUUGAACUGGCUACCAGGGGAACCUAAUGACUUCUCCGGUGCUGAAGACUGUGUGGAAAUGAAGGUUUCGAAUGGAAAAUGGAAUGAUGCGCAUUGUUCUAAGAGAAAAGGGUUUGUGUGCAAGAAGACACCUUGGGCUGUUCCUAAAAACCCUGCACAUCCAUUGAUCCGGGGUAACUGUCCCCCGGGGUACACGGCCGACCGAUACAACAAUAAGUGUUACCGAAUUUUCACCACGCCCAUGACCUGGUACUAUGCUUCCAAGUUCUGUAUGACCCAGGGCGCGGAAAAGUACUACUUGGCAAGCAUCAAUAGUGACCUGGAUAACGCAUUUUUGACUACUCUCCUGAGGGGUUUAAAUAUCAGUCCCUGGAUUGGUCUUAAGAAGCGCACCACUGGUGAGUUAUUCUGGUCUGACAACUAUGAUAUUACAUACACUAACUGGUAUCAUGGAGAACCCAACGGGAGGAACGACAUGGAGAUGUGCGCGCAGAUAUACGGUACCCAGAACAAUGCAGGACGAUGGGGCGCUUUGAGCUGUGAAAAUAAAUUGCCGUUCAUCUGUGAAACCAAAAGAAAAAUCUACAUCACCACCCCGAAUCCCAUUUCAAAUCCCUGUGAAAGCAAAAAAGGCUAUAGGCCGUUCGGUAACGCCUGUUUUAAGGCUAUGGAGACCCCCGCAACGUGGAGUGCUGCCCAGGACUACUGUAAGGCACAUGGGGCGUUCCUGGUUACCAUUUCCAACGAAUUUGAGCAGGACUUCCUCAGAUUGUUGGUAAAUUACGAGGAAUUUUGGACAGGACUCAAUGACAUUGAGAGAGCUGGUACGUACACGUGGAUGAACGAGGCGUGGCCCGUAAUCUACACCGCCUGGGACGAUGGCGAGCCCAGUGCACGGGACGGGGCCUGUGUCAGCAUGAACAGCGCCACUGGACGAUGGCACACUACAAACUGUAGCCACAGUCUGGCUUACGUCUGUAAAAUCACGGCAGAUGACCCCCCUGUGACAUCCCCAACUCCAAAUGGUCAAUGCUCAGGACGUGACUGGUUGUUAAAUGGCAGGAAAUGUCUGCUGUUCCGCCAAAUAGACUACAAAACGUAUCUGGACGCGACCUUGGAAUGCCAACGAGAACAAGCAUCGCUGGUCUCCAUUCACAGCACAGCAGAGAACCAGUUUCUGGUGCAAACCAUCCAGACAAAAUAUUGGGCACAGAAAGAAGGAUUCUGGACCGGGCUUCACGGAUCAUCAUCAACUGGGUUUAGCUGGUCAGACCAGAGUCCCAUGAACUUCUUUAACUGGGACCAGAAGCCUGUAUCACAUUACGAGUGGGGUAAUGAAGAUAAAUGUGUGGAGAUAGACUCCCAGAACGGAAAGUGGAAGUACCAGGACUGUGCACAAAAACGUGGCUACAUCUGUCAGAAAAAUCCAGUGGUGGACAUGAACACUCAAACAUUACCACUGCAUUCCAACUCCAACCUCGCUUCUACAAGCAACACCCCGACACGGCAGACUCCAUCGCUACAGACCUUCACCCAUAAACCCGAUGCUUCCAUCCCAACAACCAACAGAAAUACACAGACAUUACCCACAGCAUCGACGAUUUCCCCCUACACUGGGCCGAGUGUCCCAGUGGUGGACAUGAACACUCAAACAUUACCACCGCAUUCCAACUCCAACCUCGCUUCUACAAGCAACACCCCGACACGGCAGACUCCAUCGCUACAGACCUUCACCCAUAAACCCGAUGCUUCCAUCCCAACAACCAACAGAAAUACACAGACAUUACCCACAGCAUCGACGAUUUCCCCCUACACUGGGCCGAGUGUCCCAGGUGCAUUAAAAAGCAGUGGUGGAUCAACAGAGUUGAAUGGUGGAGGUCGUGGUGGAUCUAAAGUGUUGAAUGGGGGAAGUAUAGCUGGUAUCCUGGUGGCGGCCAUAAUUGUUGUCGUCCUCGUAAUAGCUCUACUCGUAGUUUUCAAGCGGGUACGACAAAGCAGAGGCGGUGCCACAUUGAGCUUUGACAACACGGCGUAUCGUUACGAUACAAAACAGGAAAACGGGGAAUCCGACACGUAGGGGCGGUUGCCUCGCUACGCUGUUUGCAAACAUUAAAUGCACGUACUAAACAUGGAGUAAUGACAGUAUAUGAGACUUACUGAUUGGUUUUACAAUUUAUUGUUUUGUUCUCAAUAGAUUGUAUAAAGUAAUAAAGGUUGAUACGAAC